GCUGAGACGGAUGGAAAAAUUGAGACUUAGUAGUGUUCUUGCAGUCAUCCAGUGCUGCUAACUUAUCCAUACUAAGAUUUUUUUUCAUGUGAAAGUAACUUCCAGAUCUCUUGAAAUUUAACGGAAAUGUCAUAGUCAUGCUAAAAAUAAAUGUGUAAUUUUACCUCAAUGAACCAACCUGAAUGACUCUGUCUUAUUUUUUAUAAAACUUUUUUUUCCGAUUUUUAAAAGUGAUAUUUCUCUUUCAAAAAUGCAGCUGACAAUAUCCACAUUAUUUUUAAUUUUAAUCUGUAACUUUAGAUCAGUUCAAUUAGAAACAGUUUCUCUCGGGAAUGAGACGGUGACCGAAUCUUCACCUCUCGAUAAAAACCAGACGAAUCAGAGAGAGAUGGACAUCGAUCUCUCGCCUCAACUGUGCAAGAAGCUUUACGGUAAUAAUGGGGGUUCCUACUACGCCUGGUCACCCUCUGAGCUCCCCAUGCUUCAGAGGGGUAACAUCGGUGCCGCCAAAAUCGCCCUCGAAAAAAACGGCUUUGCUCUUCCAAGCUAUUCCGACUCGUCCAAAAUAGCCUACGUUCUCCAAGGAAGUGGAGUUGCUGGAAUCGUGGAACCUGAGUCCGCAGAGAAGGUGUUGGGGAUCAAGACGGGUGAUGCCCUGGCUGUGCCGUUCGGGGUCGUGACCUGGUGGUACAACAACGGGGACACCGAGCUGGUCAUCCUAUUCCUCGGCGACACCUCUAAAGCUCACAAGGCCGGCGAGUUCACCAACUUCCAGCUGACCGGCUCCAACGGGGUGUUCACGGGCUUCUCGAGCGAGUUCGUGGGCCGCGCCUGGGAUCUGGAGGAGGGCGUCGUCAAGACCCUCGUCGGGAACCAAUCCGGCCAAGGGAUCGUCAAGCUCCAACCCAACGCCAGUCUCCCCGAACCCAACCCGGAGCAUCGCAAAGGGAUGGCCCUCAACUGUUUGGAGGCUCCCUUGGAUGUUGACAUAAAGGGUGGCGGAAGAGUGGUGGUGUUGAACACGAAGAAUCUACCGUUGGUGGGCGAGGUCGGUCUGGGAGCUGACCUGGUCAGGUUGGACGGCAACGCAAUGUGCUCCCCUGGGUUCUCGUGUGACUCGGCAUUGCAGGUCACAUACAUCGUCAGGGGCAGCGGCCGUGUUCAGGUCGUUGGUGUCGACGGCAAGAGAGUCCUCGAGACAACAGUCAAAGCUGGCAAUUUGUUCAUCGUACCACGCUUCUUCGUCGUCUCCAAGAUCGCUGACCCUGACGGAAUGGAUUGGUUCUCUAUCAUUUCUACUCCUAAUCCCGUAUUUACCCACUUGGCUGGAAAGACUUCAGUUUGGAAGGCAUUAUCACCAUCUGUACUGCAAGCUGCAUUCAACGUAGAUCCAAAAAUCGAGCAGCAGUUCCGUUCGAAGAGAACCUCUGAUGCCAUUUUCUUCCCUCCGAAAAAAUAAGGCAGAAACCCCGAUGCUGAUUUGACUGAAUUUACGAAUCUGGCGUAUGUAUGCUAAAAGAACUAUGCCCAGAUGAAUUCACUUAACUAUGCUUUUAGAAAGAAAAAAGUACCUUCAUCUCAUUAGAAGCGAGAACGUUCGAUGCGUGGACGUUUGUGUCAAGAUCGGAGACUCAGGGUUGCUCUAAAUCAGCUACGAUUGAGAGAUACAACUAUUUGAACUCAGGAGCAAUGUGGUAUUGCCUACUCGAAAAUUUGAAGGAACUUUAACGUUGAGCCACUACAUCUUGAGUGAACGCUUUGUACAUUUUUCACCUCGGUCAAUUGAAUUAAUAGAGCCAGUGAAGUAAAAAAAAAUCCUGUUCACAUAGUUCCUUUUAAUUUUAUUCAUGCAUCCACUUGUACAAAAGUUCUUGCAGUAACGUACGUACAUACGUUCAAUUACCCCUCCAUCGUUUCCGCGAAACUUGAAAAAGAAAAAAAAACUUCGAAUUUCCGAGGGACAUGAUUAUUUGGGAAUCGUUUCAUCGUUGCAACCAGCUAGUCUAGUUUUGGCUACUAUGUCUCUAUUGGGUUCCUUUGAUGGAAGCGCUUAUUUCGAGGAGGUGCCAUGUUGCCAAGCCGGACUUUUUUUUUCCGAAAUUGAGUUCUUGACAGAAAUGUAAUCUUUUUCGAUCUCCGAGGUACUUUAUUCUUGUCUCUUGAUUUUUUUUCUAGUCAUGGCAACAUUUUGAAAUGAGCACUUCAGUUAGGACCUUAAUUGGGUUAACUUUUUUUUUCGACUAUUAAUGGAAUGGAUUUCACUGGUUGGAGCCAUACUGCAUUUCAUAUUGCCUAGUUUUCUCUCAUGUUUCAUUUUUUUACAGAGAACUAAACAACUCAAUGCCUUCAAAAUGGUUGAGAAUUUACACUAGAUUAUAAAGAGUAGGUAUGUUCGAAAAAUUUCACUUUACAGUGUUACUUAGUUUUCGGUUUAAAAAGUAAAAUAUCAGAGAAAAUUAGACAACAUUUGAAGUAAUAACGCCAAUUCUGGUUAGAUUCUUUCAAUCGUUUCUCUCACCUCUAUUUUUUUGGCGACUUCAUUACUGCAGUCAUCCUAACAUUAUGUAAAAACAAAAAAUGGAAUGCAUUUUAAAUGCUACCUGCUGUGAUUCUUUAUCUAUAAAAUAUCUGUAUCUAUGCUUAAAAUCAAUAAAUAUUUUUUUAAAUAUGCCAAA